AUGGAGAGGUUUUCAGAGCAGAAGGUACUUCCAAGAAACUUGCCUAUUUUGGUUGAGGUUUCGCCGAAUACGGGAACUGCGAGAGAGACGGUUCCGAGGAUAAACGGGCAUGAGAUUUCGAAUGCUAGGUGGAUUUCAGCUAGAGAAUUGAAUCAAUUGUCGCAGGCAAGGGACGUGCCUAUGACACGUUUGGCUUCGAUUAGAGAAGUCGCGCAGUUGUCGAAUGCACGGAUACUAUUGGUUAGAGAUGAUAUGGAGUUUGAUACUAGAGAGUCGCCGGAGUCUAUCUCCUUUGAGCCUACUAGAACAUGGAAAGGAAAUUCGUCUUUUCUAGAAGGAGAAGAUCUGAUGUAUGACGUAGACACGUUGAAAGGAAGCAGCGAUUCGUUUGAGGAAGGUGAUCCGAGUUUAUUUGCUGGUGCUAGUCAUCCUCCGGAGCCUGUUGAUACGGAUCUUAUGAGAACAGUUUAUGUACCGAUAGGUCAAAACAAAUCUGAGGCUGGAUGCUUACUUAAGAACUUAUCCAUGAAGGGCCCUUUCCUAGAAGAUCUCUCGAUCCGUGUUCCUGCGAAGAAACCAAGUCCAAUUGUUCUUUCCCCUCAAGGAAGUCUAGGUGAAGAACUAAACGACACGGGGAACUUAUCCUCCCCCUUUGCUGGUUCUCGAGCAUCUCAGAAUACUGAGAACUCUCUACUUGCACCGGAUUCUGAGGAAAAGGAAUGUGUUUGGGAUGCUUCUUUGCCUCCUACUCCUAGUGGUGAUGUCAGUCCACAUAGUAGUAUCGAUAGUAUUGGUGUUGUCAAGGCAAUGAGCAUUGCUAAUAGUUGUGCUAGUACAUAUCGGAGCGAUGCAGUCACCAGUGAUGGCAUGCUUAGUUUAGAUAGGAACUUUGAUAGCAUUAAGGGUAGUGUAAGGGGUGAUUCACUUGAGAGUGCAAAAACUAGUGCGAGCCGUGCAAGCGAUAGCAGUGGCCUCAGUGAUGACAGUAACUGGAGCAACCUUACUGGUAGUGCCAAUAAGCCUCACAAAGGAAAUGAUCCCAGGUGGAAUGCUAUUCUUGCUGUUCGAUUACGGGAUGGAAUUUUGGGCAUGAGUCAUUUUCGAUUACUCAAACGACUUGGAUGUGGUGACAUUGGAAGUGUAUAUCUUUCAGAGCUGAGUGGAACUCGGUGUUAUUUUGCAAUGAAAGUUAUGGAUAAGGCAUCCUUAGCAAGCAGAAAGAAGCUAACUAGAGCACAGACAGAAAGAGAGAUAUUGCAGUUGCUAGACCAUCCAUUUCUUCCAACUUUGUAUACACAUUUUGAGACUGACCGUUUCUCCUGUUUGGUAAUGGAAUAUUGUCCUGGGGGUGACCUGCACACUCUAAGGCAGCGACAACCUGGGAAACAUUUCUCUGAAUAUGCUGCGCGCUUUUAUGCUGCUGAGGUACUGCUUGCUCUUGAAUAUCUUCACAUGCUUGGAGUUGUGUACAGAGACCUUAAACCUGAAAACGUGUUGGUCCGAGAUGAUGGUCACAUAAUGCUCUCAGAUUUUGAUCUUUCCCUCAGAUGUACUGUUUUGCCAACUCUUAUUAGAGCUUUUGAUGGCGACCCUUCAAAACGGGCUGGUGGUGCAUUCUGUGUUCAACCUGCUUGUAUUGAGCCAUCAUCAGUAUGCAUACAACCUGCAUGCUUUAUUCCUCGCCUCUUUCCGCAGAAAAACAAGAAAUCAAGAAAGCCAAGAGCUGAACCUGGGUUUCCUUCCAGCAGACUUCCCGAGCUUGUAGCUGAGCCUACUGCUGCUCGAUCUAUGUCCUUUGUCGGUACCCACGAAUACCUUGCUCCUGAAAUUAUCAAAGGUGAAGGUCAUGGAAGUGCAGUUGAUUGGUGGACAUUUGGAAUAUUCUUGCAUGAAUUAUUAUAUGGCAAAACCCCUUUCAAAGGGUCAGGAAACCGUGCUACGCUUUUCAAUGUAGUAGGUCAGCAGCUCAAAUUUCCUGAGUCUCCCGCAACCAGUUAUGCUAGCAGGGAUCUGAUCCGCGGCUUGCUGGUGAAGGAGCCACAGCAUCGUCUCGGGGUUAAAAGAGGUGCAACUGAGAUCAAGCAGCAUCCUUUCUUUGAAGGCGUGAACUGGGCAUUGAUUAGGUGCAGCACACCACCAGAAGUACCAAGACCAGUGGAAAAUGAACCACCGCCACCACCACCAAUGAAGGUUGGACCAGCAAUUGAUGCUGUUGGGUUUGGCAGUACUAGUAAGAGGAUGUCAGGUAAUAAUGAAAUGAAGCCUGGGGGUAAAUAUCUGGAUUUUGAGUUCUUUUAA